GUUGCUGUGACCGUGAAUGAAAAUUAAAAAACAAAUCAGUCAGUUGCUAUUUCUGCAAGUGGAAGGAGGUUUUUGCCGGCGCGUCGCAAAAAUCAAGUUUAUUUUGUGGUUUUAUCAAGCAGAGAUGUGUUUCGUAAUCGAACUGUGAAUUUGUGUUGAUUACACAUACUAAAUUUAACUUUAUCUAAUUAGUUUCCGCGUUUUUUUGCAAUUUAUUCCAAAAUGAGGUUGGCAGGGGCCAUUUUCAGCAAUGUGACCAAAAUGCUGGACUUUUAUUCCCAAUUUAAUCCUUCGCCGCUCUCUAUAAAGCAGUUUAUAGAUUUUGGUCUAAAUGCUUGCGAAAGGAAAUCUUUCGUGUUUUUGCGGAAGGAGUUGCCAGUGAGACUGGCGAACAUAAUGAAAGAGAUAGCGCUACUCCCAGAGAAUCUUCUGCGGAUGCCGUCGGUGGGCAUGGUGAACCAGUGGUACGAGCGGUCUUUCGAAGAGAUCAUCCAGUUUGAGAAGAUGGAACCUGAUCCGCCGGUGUUGAGUCAGUUCUGCGAACGUCUAGUCCACAUCAGAAACCGCCACGCGGACGUAGUCCAAACCAUGGCGCAAGGAGUGCUAGAGCUGAAGGAGUCUCACGAGGUGGACCCUGGCACGGAGAACUCCAUCCAGUACUUCCUCGACCGGUUCUAUAUGAGCCGGAUAUCUAUUCGGAUGCUGAUCAAUCAGCACACGCUACUCUUCGGCGAGCAAAUCGGCGCCAAGCAAGCGUCAGUCAACGGCAUAGGCAAUGGCGGCCGGCAUAUUGGCUCCAUCGACCCGGCGUGUGACGUAGUGGCAGUCGUUAAAGAUGCCUACGAGAACGCCAGGUUCCUCUGCGAUAGGUAUUACCUGGCGUCGCCUGAGCUGGAGAUCCUUCAGGGAGGAGUGCCCAGCGAACGUCCAAUGCCAGUAGUCUACGUGCCGUCCCAUCUCUACCACAUGCUGUUCGAACUGUUCAAGAACGCCAUGAGAGCUGUCAUGGAACACCAUGAGAGCGCGCCCCCGCCUAUACAGGUCAACCUGGUCAAUGGAAAGGAGGAUGUGUCUGUCAAGCUAUCCGACCGCGGCGGCGGCAUCCCUCGCAGCGUGACGGACUACCUAUUCAAGUACAUGUACAGCACCGCGCCUCAGCCGUCCAAGUCCGACUCGCAUACCGUACCGCUGGCCGGUUACGGUUACGGCCUGCCCAUUUCGCGGCUGUACGCGCGUUAUUUCCACGGCGACCUGGUGCUGAUGUCGUGCGAGGGAUACGGGACCGACGCCGUCAUAUAUCUGAAGGCCCUAUCGAACGAAGCGAACGAGCUCCUGCCGAUCUUCAACCGGACAUCCACGAAGUUCUAUCGGCCGGUUGUCCAGUUGGCCGACUGGUCCGGCUCCCUAAAUACGGCCGGAGCUCCCCCCAAAAGCCGGGAGAAGGUGUCCCCACUCUCCUCGCCCGUGUCGAACAGCCUAUAGUCCGAGUGAGGCCAGAAGUGAAGUGACGCCAAGUCACUAGAAGUGAAGUGAAGUGACGCCGAGUCACUAGAAGUGAAGUGAAGCCAGUGUGUGAUUUGAGACUUUAGUGCGAAAAAUAAGUGAGAAAGAGAAGAGAAGCUCUGGUAAUUUAGACUAUACAUCGUUUUAUGCACUCGGACGCGCCCCAGCAAUGUUUGGUCUCGGUCGCGCGGGGUGCGGGGAGUGUGGUCCGAGCAAUCCGUAAGGCAUUACUGUAGUGUGCGUGUGCACUCAUGGAGCAUUUAGCGUGUACCGAUAACACUCAAACAUUAGCGGAAGAGUGGUGGGGCCCGUCCGAGUGGAUGAAACGAUCUAUAGUGUAAAAAUUGUGUGACAUCUUAGUGAGAAAGAGAUGAAUAUACAAAUAUUUGAAAAGUGAACACUGCAUUGGCUCUUUCACACAAUAUUUAGUGUGAGAAUGAUGGCAUACCAGAUUAGAGAAAUUUUAAGUUUCUUUAUGAAUGAUACCAGUGGUAAAUAUUAAGGUAAAUCAAUGAUUGUUAGUUUAAAAGAAGUGGGUUUCUUCGUCUCUUUCUCACAUCAUAAAGUGUGAAUGAGAGAAGUGAAGUAGUAGACAUAAAAACUAGAUAGAGGUGAAGCUAUACAUAUGUAUGUACACCUUACGACUCUUACAGAUCGAAUGUUGUAUACACUAGUUGUCUCCUUCACACGUAUACUAGUUUGUAUACUUAGAAAGAGAUGCCAAUGCAAUCGUCUUUAUUAUAGGUCUAUAGUCUGGUCCGUGAGCACGUAGAAUUUUGUCCAAUGACCCCAAGCUACCCAUCCUUAUCGCUCGCGCGUAAUUAUGUUGCUAUCGCGCUCGCACACUCACUGCAGGCGCCCGUCGCAGUCGCGACAGCAUUAAAAUUACGCGCGAGCGAUAAGCAUGGGUAGCUUGGGGUCAUUGGACAAAAUUCUUCGUGCUCACGGACCGGGCUUUAGCACAUAACGGAGUCGGUGAUUUAGGUAUGAGUUUUUGUGACGUCAAAUGUCAGUGCGACUUCAGAUGUGCUUGGGACUUGUAUGUUCUGUCUCGUCAUACGUCACCCCUCUCGUAUUUCAGGCACUGAUUCAGUUAUAAAUGCUAGACCUGUAGAUGUGUAAAUUUUUAUUUGAUUUCUUUUAUUGAUGUGAUAUUUAGGCAUUAAGGUUGAGAUUCGCCAAAUUUGGACUGAUAGUGUUGGUGAGGAUUUCAUAGUUUUGAAAAUCAAUUUGAAGUCGUUCAGAAUAAAAGCUGCGGGCGGAAAGCUAGUUAUGGAAAUUUACUUACGGUUUUUAAAACUAUGAAAGUACUCUGGGCGAUGAUAUUAAAGUACUCUACUAAAUUUUAAGGGAAAUAUCAUAUUUUGUAAGUUGUAGCAGCAGCGAGCUUGAAGUUGGACUGUCGACGCCUCUUUUAGACAGACACGGUGCUGGCAACCUCGUGAUCCCGGCGGUCCCUUUAAAAGAACCAAAUUCUCACGCCCGUAUUCACAAACAUUAUUAUGAGGUCUCACAGUGCGCGUGGACGCACAGGGUGACAUAUAAAUGGGUGUCAAAGUCGUUCCGUUCUGAACAUUUGAAAAUGAAUCUAGUAGGUAUAACCGAAGGUCCUUUCCAGUGAUCUAAAACUACUUCGCGCCAAAUGGUAAUUGAAUUGUUUUAUCUAUGGCUUUAAAGACUAGUGUGUAUGCGAACGAGCUUCGAUUCCUGAAUGCACUGACAGAAGGAUUAGAUAGAUCAUCAUCAUUUCAGCCACAGGACGUCCACUGCUGAACAUAGACCUCCCCCCAGUGAUUUCCAUGUUGCCUGGUUACCAAGCGGCCUGCAUUCAGCGGCUUCCUGUUACCUAUUACUUAGAGAUACCCCCCCAGAAAGGUCUGGUGCCAGCCUGCCCC